AUGACUCUCACCGGUAGCUGCAUGUGUGGUGCUAUCCACUACACCGCCGAAGUGGACAAGUACCUCGCCGCUCUCUGCCAUUGCACCGAUUGCCAGAAGUGGUCCGGAGGCGCAUUCACAUCAAACGCCGUCGUCCCCCGUAACAGCUUGAAGGUGACAAAAGGCACUCCAACCUCCUAUGACGCCAUCGGCAACAGCGGAAAAAUCAACAAGCACUUCUUCUGCCCAACCUGCGGCUCAAGCCUCUACACCGAGUUGGAGGUUAUGCCGGAUAUGACCUGCGUCAAGGCUGGUGGCUUGGAUAAUAAGGAGGCACACAUGAACGGCAAGGUUGAUAUUGAGUUCUAUGUCAAGGACCGGCCUAGUUACCUUGCUGCUGUUGAGGGUGCGAAGCAGGAGCCUAUGUUUGGGUGA